AUUUUAUUGACCAUCGCGCAAGCAGAGCCACUUCUUCGGCGCGGCAUAUCUUUUUUUUUUCACAUCGCAUUUUAAUAUUCGGUGUGGGCCUAUCCGUUCUGUGAUUUGAAUUUUAAUUUUUUUCUUUUUCGCUUAGGAGGGGUUCUUGCAGUGUCUUUUGCAACCGGUGCAAUUUAGUUGGAUAUUUCUACUGAUAUGUGAGAGUUGUUUAUAUUUUUUUUGUUUGUUUCAUGAAAGGAUAAUCGUACAAAAUGUUGUCGACGGGUAUAUGUCGAUGGUUAUUUCUUCUGGUAUCUCUAGCGACAUGGGUCACGCUAACAAGUUCGCAGGAGAUGCGCGUGGUUUGUUACUACACCAAUUGGUCAGUAUACAGACCAGGAAAUGGAAAAUUUAGCCCUCAAAAUAUUAACCCAUAUUUAUGUACGCAUCUCAUAUAUGCAUUUGGAGGAUUUACCAAAGAAAAUACCCUUAAACCUUUUGAUAAGUACCAAGAUAUAGAAAAAGGUGGUUAUGCCAAAUUUACUGGAUUGAAAACAUAUAACAAGGACCUAAAAACUCUACUAGCUAUCGGUGGUUGGAACGAAGGAUCGACUCGAUUUUCUCCAAUGGUAGCCAGUCGAGAGAAACGAAAAGAAUUUGCUAAAAAUGCCAUUAAAUUUUUAAGACUGAACCAUUUCGAUGGAUUGGAUCUUGAUUGGGAGUAUCCAUCCUUUAGAGAUGGUGGAAAAUCUAGAGAUAGGAGCAAUUAUCCACUUCUUGUACAGGAACUUCGAGAAGAAUUUGAAAGAGAGGCGGAAAAAACUGGAAGGCCAAGAUUAUUACUGACAAUGGCUGUACCAGCCGGUAUAGAAUAUAUUAAUAAAGGAUUCGAUGUGCCAAAACUUACAGAAUAUUUAGACUGGAUGAACAUUUUAAGUUACGACUUCCAUUCUGCUUUUGAGCCAGCUGUCAAUCAUCACGCGCCAUUAUACUCCAUGGAAGAAGAAAGUGAAUACAACUUUGAGUCAGAUUUAAACAUAGAUUAUGCAAUUAAACACUACUUGAAAAAUGGAGCCGAUCCAAGUAAACUAGUGCUUGGAAUACCUACAUACGGCAGAUCAUACACACUCUAUAACCCCGAUGCUUUUGAAUUGGGAUCACCUGCUGACGGACCUGGAUCAAUGGGAGAAGCAACUAGGGAAAAUGGAUACUUAGCAUAUUAUGAGAUUUGCGAUUACGUCAAAAAUCAAGAUUGGGAAGUAGAACAACCUAACCCGGAAGUAAUGGGGCCUUACGCUUUUAAAGAUAACCAGUGGGUAGGAUAUGACGACGAAGACAUCGUUAGAAAGAAAGCUCAUUAUGUAGUUGAAAAUGGAUUGGGAGGUAUUAUGUUUUGGUCAAUCGAUAACGAUGACUUCAGAGGAAACUGUCACGGAAAACCGUAUCCAUUGAUUGAAGCUGGCAGAGCCGCCCUAAUAGAAGCUUAUGGACUUACAGAUGACAAUCUCAUCGAAAAGCCCUCUAAGCCAUUAAAAAGUAGGACAAGAACAAGAACAAAGACUAAGACUUUAAAUAAAAUUGAAGAAUCCGACAGUGAAAAAUCAGAAAAACCUAUAAGUUCGAGAAGAAGAAACAGAGUAAGGCAGAAUAAAGAGAAUACUGAAGAUGCUGAAGAAGUACCCAGCAAACGAAAAACGAGACGCAAAAAUGCAGAAGAGACUUCAAGUUACAGCAGCCUUAAAGUUGUUACUCCAAGUUACACUACGCCUGCACCACCAUCUAAAGCAGAAGCAGAUGGAGGAUUUAAAUGUGAAGACGAAGGAUUUUAUCCUCAUCCAAAAGAUUGCAAAAAAUACUUUUGGUGUCUUAGCGGCGCUGGGGAUUCAGGAUUAAUUGCCCAUCAGUUUACAUGUCCAGCAGGUUUAUAUUUUAACAAAGCGGCCGAUUCCUGUGAUUAUAGUCAGAAUGUUUUGUGUAAAAAAGCUGCACAGAAAGCUUCUACUACUACUAAGAAACCUGAAAACCAAUCAUCUUUAACAGAUACCACCACACCUCCAUCCAUCUCAUUUUCGACUAGGAGGGCUCCACCAAAAAUUACUGCUGCAACCAGUCGAACUACCCUUAGGCAGACAACUACAACUGCAGCAUAUGAAGAUGAAGAAUACGACGAUGAAGAAGAAUAUGACGAUGAAGAAGACAAUAAAAAAGAUUCUGAAGAAGAUCCUAGGGUUAUUAAAGAAUUAAUUGAACUUAUAAAGAAAGCCGGAGGUAUUGAAGAAUUAGAAAAACAGUUUAAAAUAAAAGGAAACUCAUCGUUGAAUUCUGAACAUGCCACAACGAAAUCACCAAUAUUUUCGAAAAGUCUUUAUGAACGAGUUCUUAGUAAAGCUAUCAAAGGUACCACAACGAACGCGAGAAAUUCGUCAUUUAGAAAUAGUAGAGGUCCACAGAGUGAAAAAACUGAAGUAGAUGAAAAGACAGAAUCUAAACCAGAAAGAGGAAAAUUACAGUAUACAUCAAUAUCCAGAUUUAGGCCAUCCACUGCAAAGAAACUCGAAGAAGAUAGAGAUCCAGUUCUAGAACAAAAUACAGAAAAUCAACCAAUUAAAAAAGCUACUGAAAAAUAUCCUUCUUAUACUAAUAUCAGAAGGGCAAGAGUUGGUACAACUACCAGCGAACCGGAAAGUAAUAGAAAUAAAAUAUUGGGAGAAACAGACGAUGAAGAAGAAGAUGAUGAUGAUAAUACUAACGAUGAUGAAGACGAAGAAACAGAUGGAGAUUACGUUCUUACGACAAAACGAACUUAUAGUCCUCAAUACGUAAACAUUCGUCGGCAAAGACCUACAACCACGGAAGAAUCCUCGACAUCAAAAUAUACUGAAUUUAGAAGAGGGUCUACUGAAAAUUCAGCUAAAGAAGAUGAUACUCAUACAACGUCAAAAUACAAAAUUCUUAGACGUGGUACGACGACAACUAGCAAACCAGAAUCAGAUAAUACUCCAUCGCCCAGUACUAGAUCCAGAACUGAAGAAACUACGAUAUCUUCAACAACAGAUAACUCAUCUCGAUCCACGCCUAAAGAUGAUACAGGAAACUCAACGACAGAAGAAAAUAGAAAUGAAUAUUUACCUAAUGUAAUAACAACAACCGGAACAUACGUAACUACAACAGAUGACAUUAACCACGUUAAAUCUGAACUUAACGAAUCGAAAAGUAGCGAAUCGUCGAACGUAUCCGCAAAACCAAAUUUAAUAAACUCUUUUCUGAGGAAAAGACCACAGCUAUUUGAACCAAGGCCCUUUUCGAAAUCCACAGAAGCCACGACUUCAAGACCUAGAACGACUCAAAUCACAAAGGUGAGUGAAUCAAGUUACGACUUAACAUCCAAGUCUGACUUAGAACACAAUAAAAACCAAACCGAGAAAUCAAAUGUAAACUUUAGAUCUAGAGGUAACUCAAGAUUUCAUCCUAAUAGAAAUAUAAAUACAGACGAAAACGAGAAGCAACUGAUUCCAUCAAAAAGACGUAUCCUUGUUACAGAAAAAUAUGUGGAAGAAAACAGAACUUACAGACCCUCAGAAAUAGCUGAUUUAUCGUCACUAACGGCUGUAGAUUUUGAUAACAUAAAAGGUUUAAAUCCACGUACAUAUAUAAGAAGAAGGCGACCAUUAAAACAAUCCACCACAACUGAAAAAAUACUAGACAUAGAAAGUACUCCAAACUCCCUAAAAAGGAGACGAAUUCAUAUUGAUGAAGCAUCGUCAGGGAAUACAAGAAUAGUACCAGAAUAUAAAACCAGUCAAACAACAGAAUCUAAUAUACGAUUUUCACCUCGAAAUAGAAAGAUUAUUCGCAGAUUUAGAACCACUACUGUAGCGACUGCUUUAACUGAAGAGCCAGAAGAGAAAAAGAUUCAAAUAAAUAGUUCCAAAUCUGUUUUGGAUGCACCUUCAAAAACGAACGAAGUAGAUGAUGACUCUUUUGAAGAUACUACCACUGAAGAAGAUGAAAACAUUAAAUUAUCUGAAUCUAAUAUUAGAGAAAAUAGUGAUAUUAACAGCUUUAAAGCAGAUUCUAAAUUAAGACAAAAAUUAUUUAAAUCUGAAAUUUAUGGGAAAUCCAGUAUAUAUGAUAAAAACGUAGGAAGCCGACUACUUGCAGAAAAAGAAACAACUAGUUCAACCGAACCAACUAUCAUCAGUUCUACAGAGCCCAGUAUAUUUCACCGUACUAGAAAAAUUAUCCGAAAAAUUGUACCUACAGAACCUUCAAAGAUUGUUGACAAAGAAGUAGAUUCUGAUCAAAUUUUUGGACGCAAAAGAAAAAUCAUUCGAAAACUUCGUCCCAUUUCUAAAUUUAGUGCAAACAUUACAUCCAGUGUAUCAUCUAGUCAAAUUAAUUUAAAUGAUACAAAUUAUUCCAUUUUGAAUGAACACAACGAUGAACGUAACGAUGAACGUUUACCAGGGUCCGAUGAUCUCAAAGACAUCAAUAAUUUAAAUGAUAAAGAAGAAACACCAAAACUGCCUAAAAGAGUAUUCCGUCCUAGAUUUGGUAGUAAAAGAACUUCUUCUUCUACUUCUACUACACCGGAAAUAGACAUUACUACUCCUAAAAAUAUACCACGAAAUAAGACAAUUUUACUUAGAGGACCCAGCAGAAAUUAUAGACCAACCUUUAAACCAACACCAUCAGAUAGAGAAUUUUCUAGUGAACCUUCUGUUGAAAUAGAAAAGUUUAGUCCGAGAUAUACUUACAUAUCAAGGAGGCGCCCUACGAAAGAUAAUAAUUUAAGUAAACCUACAGAAAUAGUAAGUGAAAUACCCGAAUAUAUUAUUACAACGUUAUCUGAAUCAGAUCAAACCGAUAUUUAUGACACAACAACUGAAAAUGAUGGAACAACUUAUUACCAAGUAGAUCAGAAGAGCACAGAUUAUAUGACUACUACCGAAAAUCUAUCAUCAGAAACUACUUACACAGAAUAUCCCUCAACUGAACAUGUAUUCAUCAGUAACGAUAAUGAUAUAAACUUUGAUAUAAAUACACAUUACACGGAAAAUCCAACAACAUAUUUAAAUUUUGAAACAACAACAAAACUAAAACCUGAAGACGAUGAACUUUCUACAAUAAUAACAGACCAAACUACUGAACAAAACGUGAACUCAACUGAUACAACUACAGAAUUACCUAAAACUACGAUUGGCGAAGUGCCUAUUGCUGCCAAUGAAGAAUCAGUUAACAAUUCAUAUCGCAUUAAUCUAAAAUCAGUCAACUCAAGACCUAAAUAUAAUCCUUCUAAGCUAAAUCUUACCAAUUCUCAGACUCCUGAACCUAGUGUAAAUGCAUUUAAACCAAAAUUAAAUUACAGAACCCGUUUUCAGUCUUCUACUUCUGAUGAUACCAGUGCUAGUUCUACUGCUGAAAGUGUUCCUGUCGUAAGUGAAACCAGUACUAGAAGUAAUAAUAUUAAUAGAUUUAAUAGAUAUAAAUCGGGAUUCCGUACUAGUACCCAAAAACCUAGGACUGAAGAAACUCAGGAUAAAGCUAUAAGUAGUACUACUUUACCGCUAAAUAAAUUUUUAUACAAGUACAAAAAACCAAAACCACAGGUAAAUCGAGAAGAAGAAAAAGAAACGGAUGACUUUAUCGAUGAAGAUCUUAAUAAUAACGAAGAAACCAGUGAAAAACCGAAAAGUAGAUAUUUAAUCAAUAAAAAUACAAGAACAACAAAAACCGUUAAUAUCCCGUACUUUGAAAAAUCCACAAGCAAAUUACCAAGUUUCACAAAAACUACCACAGAAAUCACUAUAAACGAUGACCUAAAAAAUAUUAAUACUGACGCUGUUAAAAAUAGAAACAAAUCGUUAUUUAAUAGUAGAAAAGUAAACCCAAAUCUUCUUAGUCCUUCUACAUCUCCCUCGACAGUUGCUCUAGAAGAAUCUACUACAUACUAUACCGACGAUAGUACAGAUUUUACCACUGAACCUUCAACAUCAGAAUCUACAGAACAUCCAACAACGUUAGUUCACAUUUUUGCCCAAAAAGGUGACAAUACAACUGAGGGUUCGGACAAAUUAAAUCAAACAACAUCUAGCAAAAUUGAAAGGAUCAUCGAAGUAAACCGUAUUAUUAACUUCAAAACUAAAGAAGAUGUUAUUAAAAAUCACCACGUUGAACACGGAAUUGAUAAAGAAUCUUCUCCAUUUUAUGAUAAAAUAGGAUCUAUUACCAGAGUUACAAAUAUCAAAGUCGUAGACGAAGAUGGACAACUAGUUAAUAGUAAUGAGACUCGUUCCCCAGUUUAUAUUACUGAUUUCCAAUCUACUGAAUCUCCUAUAAAAUCUUCUGUAGAUAUGAUAAUACAAAUUGCAAAAAUACAAGAAGUUCCGGCACCAGAUAAUAAAGUAAAUUUAACUAAUUUUGAUGUACAAAUUAACGAUCCAAUUUCUUUGAACCGCGAAGAAAGACGUUUUGAUCUAGUUAGUUCAGGAAAAUUGGAUGACAGCAAAUAUAGAAAUGUGGGUAAAGCAGAAAUUAUUGAUGGUAUAUCUCACAUAAACGUUAUUACACCACGACCAAUAUAUUUAACAGAAUCUUCAACAAUAGCUUUAGAGGGAUUAUUCCAGACAGAAAAACCAACGCUUUUUACCAGUAAAAAUUCAAUCAAUGAAGAAUUAUUAGAAACUGAAAACUCCAAAUUUGUUAAUGUAAGAAUAUUACACCCUGAUGAAGAUGUACGAUUAAAUGCAGAUGCAAUAGACACUAAAGUUAUUCCAAUAAAGUUGCUGAAGCAAGAUGAUGAAGACUUUAUAUUAAGAGCCAGAGUAGUAGAAGUAUCACCAAAAUCACCGUUCAAUACUAUCAAAAUUGUUCCAAUUAAAGUAGAAUCAGCUAAAAAAAUGCCACCCCCUCUGCCUUUGAUUAGGAUAAAUAGACAGCAUAAUUAACAAGUUUUAAUUUAAAAAUAAAUAAUUUUAGAUAUAAUUUAUGUUACUAUUAGUGUCAUUGUUAUGUAUGUACAUACAAAAUGUUCUUGUUGUUGUUAUACAAAUUGCUGUAUGUGUGAUAAUCGAAUGUAAAUAAUAAGCACCGUGUAAUAUAUUAGCACAAUCUAGUUUUUCUCUAUUGUUUAUUUUUAAUCAUAUCCUUAUUUCAAAUAACAUUCAACUAACGAUUGUUAUUUGACAUACGAUUCGUAAGAGAAAUUUCAGAAUGUAUUAUAAUGCAUUACAGCCAGUAUUCCGAUUAACACUUGAC